UGCUUGAACCUCAGCCUCUCACACCUGAACCUCACUUUGCCGCAGGGAGGCACUGAAUUGAGAAGCUGCCUUGUAUCAGGUCAUACCCCCCUGUUUAUUCCCUUUCUUACACCAAGAAGGGGAAAACACGCAACUACCGCUACCCGAUUUGGUCUCCAUUCGCCUAUUACCUUUACUGCUACAAAUACCGGAUCACCCGCCGGGAGAAGAUGCUGCCUUGUUGUUGUAAAAGCAUCACUUACAAGGAGCAGGAGGACCUGACACUCCGGCCCCGUUCCUGCCUUCAGUGCUCCUGAGUCCCCAGUAGGCCUUCAGGUGGGCAGAAGCACUGAUCAGGGGGACCACAAGCAGCUAAAAGAACUGUACUCGGCUGGGAACCUGACGGUGCUAACUACUGACCCCCUGCUCCACCAGGACCCAGUGCAGUUAGACUUCCACUUCCGCCUCACCCCCCAGACCUCUGCCCACUGGCACGGCCUUCUCUGUGAUCAUCGACUCUUCCUGGAUAUCCCAUAUCGGGCCUUGGAUCAAGGCAGCCGGGAAAGCUUGACAGCCACACUGGAGUACGUGGAGGAAAAGACCAAUGUGGACUCUGUGUUUGUGAAUUUCCAGAAUGAUCGCAACGACAGAGGUGCCCUACUGCGGGCCUUCAGCUACAUGGGCUUUGAGGUGGUCAGACCAGGUCACCCUGCCCUCCCUCCCUGGGACAAUGCCAUCUUUAUGGUGUACCCCCUUGAAAGGGACAAUGGCCACCCGCCCAGUGAACCUCCCUGAACAUGCUUAUUCACAGGCUGCCAGGGGCGGGGAGCCUGGAGGUGAGAACCAAGCAGGCAACAUGUGAUCCGGGAUCCUCUCCUCCAACCUAGGAAUAAAGGGUAGUGCAAUCC